AUGAUGGAUUCUGGCAAGCUUGAGGUGAUGCGUAGAAGCGUUGGACCAUGGUUUGUCAAUAGAGAUUUUCAGUCUGUUUGAAAUUUUUAUGUAACAUUAAUUUGAAAAUUUAUUCGUGCUUGUUGUCUUCGAAUUCACAAAAAAAUUAGUCUUGAUAUGUCUGCAGGAUAUCGCAGUUUGAAGGAAACGACCGUGAUACAAAUUCUACCCAUGAGAGAUCUGAGGCAACUUCUCCUUCCAAUUACACUAGGAAUGCUCAGGUGUGACAAAAGUUCCCUGUUCCAGACAUGUCUUGUUGGUAAAGAGUAGUAGUUUUUCGAUGUUGCAAAUUUUAUUGUCUUUUUUUGCCUCAUUUUCUUAUUCAAGGGAGUGUUUGUCCAGAAGAAACCACAACUUCUCAAGAAAAAGAAAGUAAAUAAUAGCAGCUUGGAUAGAAAAUUUAGAUGUAAGUAAAAGUAGCUUUGAAAAAGAUGUUUUUCGUCUUGUCACGAGCAUGGGACAAAGAAAAAAUUCUGAGUCCCCUUGAGGAAUUGGGCCUCAGACCUUUGGAUUCCUUCACGCUCCGAUGCUCUACCACUGAGCCACAGCAACUUUACGGUGAGCAAGGUCUAUUACAAAGUUCAUAUGACAUGCGUCCCGCGCACUGCUACAAUCAACGAUGUCAAUAGUGUCAUGUUUGUUAAUAAAAUAAGAGAGAUGGUAAAUUUUGAGCUCGAUAAUGAACUAGAGAAAGAUAUUUUUCGUCUUUUCAUAAGCGUGAGACAAAGAAAAAAUUCUAAGUACCUUGCUUACAGUAGAGUCUUUGUGGCUUAGUGGUAGAGCAUCAAUUUCAUCAGGUUCAAUUCCUCAUGCUUGGUUGCUGUGCUUGGUUGCCAAGCCUUUGAACAGGAGUAAGACUGAAGUUGACCUUGUUAGGAUACAAAAGUUGCUGCUUUUCAAAUGCAAGUUACUUUGUGUGGUCUCUAUCUCAAUAUGGUCACCUUCAGCCUCACUCCAUGUCAUAGGCUUGGCAACUAAGUACACAACUGCAAAAUGGCCUAUUGUCAUCAUACAUGACUGGAUGCAAGGAGUAACCUACAUAAAUCAAAGUGAUGUAGCUACAUUAUAAAAUCAUUUCAUACCUCUUUAUUGAAGAUACAUGAAAAUGGUGGAAUGAGGCAGAGCCUUUGUAUGAAAUCCCUUCAUUGUGGAAUUUCAAAUUACAAUUUAACUCUUCCUUUCCCCCCUUUGUAUUAUUUCCAUAUUUAGGUGCAGCAUGCAUGAUUUCAUAAAUUAGACAAUCACAUCAAAAAAUUCCAAACUUGACAUCGAAAAUUGAUGUGGGCAUGUUUUAGCCCUUUUUUGUUUGUGUUAUGGAGUUAUUUUUACUUUUCUUAGCUUUUGUUUUCACAAAUUGUUUACCCCUUUGUUUGGAAUUGAAAGAAGCUUUGAAGUUUAUAUUUGAACCAAAUGUUUUGCUUCAUUUAACAAGUUUAAUACAAGUCUCAUUUUCAAUGAAUGGGUUUUUUUUAUAGCUUUAUUGGUGGGAGGGUGGGGUUGCCUCAUGCCAGAAAACAGUCCAGUAAUAAAUGGCAGCUAUCAUUCCUGAAAUCAUGUUUCGGGACCAAGUACUUUUAUGAAUAACAAAUAUGUCAACUUUUCUGUGGCAAAGGAAAUGUGCCCAUCAGAUUUGUACAUGUCUAUGUAUGAGAGUUCAUUAUCUCAUCGCCAUUUACCUUUCAUGACUGCUUCUAGUCAGCAGUGACCUUUCCUUUAUGCUGAAAUAACUUGGUAGAGUACAUGUACUUAAGCAUGUGCUUUCUUUGUUUUAGAUGAUAUAAAGAAAGAUGAAAAAAUUCAGGGGGAUCCUUUUAAGAGUAUCUUUGUUGCAAGACUGGUAUGUGACCAAUAUGUGUUUGUUUAUCAUGAUUGUGACAAUAAACGAAUGUUUGAUUGUUUGCCUCAUGAUUUAGGGUCAUUAUCAAGGCCCAUUAGUUGAAAUUUUAUUGGGAGUACUGGAUUUUAAAAAUUUGAUAAGGGAAAUGGGUCAAACCUGUUAGCUGUGCAUCACUGUUGAACAUGAAGGAGGAUAACUGCACUGUUACAACAGAAGCGUGGUUGUUGUUAGCUUUGGCCAGUGCAGUUUGACAAUUAAUGUUCAAAGUCAACCAAGACAUUAACAAGCGUUAAGCAUACUGUGUUGUCCUCAGCUACAGGAAUGAGGACCACCAAAUCACUGGGUUCCAUUUGGUUCCAUUUGGAAAAUCUCAAAUGUUGUUGUGAAUUCAAGUUAUUGAUAGAUCAAACAGCGUUAACUCAGGGCUAACAGUUUAUGACCAGUGACAUCUGGAGAGAGAGUGCAGGGGUCCAAUUUCCCCCCUCUUCCCUUUCCCAUCAGACCUUUAGAAGUAGCUUCUCAAAUGGCUAAUUUUUGUGUAAUGCCAUGUGAGGUUUAUACUAAGUGAAGGCGAGGGGACAAGCAUGGGUUGGGUUAGAAGUAAUUUGCAGCAAAAAAAUUCUGUGGUUUUUGAAUCAAAAUUUAAACCUCCCUCCUUCAUUAAAAUUCCAAGAUUUGUCCCUGAUCACUUACUGGGUAGUGUGGUACAAAUUUACACAUUUACUUAGUUAGCAAGGUUUGUAGUCCAUGUUGCAUUAUUAUUACAAUAUUAUUAUAUUCUUUGUUUUCUUGAGAUUUUUUCUAUCUUCAUCACAGGACUAUAACACAACAGAGGAGAAAUUAUUUGAGAUUUUUGGCAGGUAUGAAUGUUCACCCUUCUAUAAUAAUUUUUCCAGUGGUGUGCGGCAGGAAUAGUGUUCAGGUUAUUGUCAUUUUCACAUCUAAGAGACCUUCAAAGUGAAAAGUCAGUGGAAAUGUAUUUCUGUCUAUUGAAGCAAUAUUUGGUUACAUUAAAUAGAUUUUUCCGUUCCCACAGAUUAAAGAUAAUAUUUGUACAUGUAUUCCUUUAUGAAUUCUAGUGAACUGUUUUCAAAGUUCUGCAUAACCAGAUCCUUUUUGUCGUAAAAACAUGAGAAUCUAUUACCAGUUACUCUCAGUUUUAAAGAUUACAUGGCAAAAAAUGACAGUGAUGUAAUGAACGUGUAAUACUAUGUUAGGGAAUAAUAUGAAUAGAAGAAUUGCCUUAUUGUCAAAUUGUCAAAUUUAAAGAGAUAAUUUUGCUUGGAUUAUGCAAUUUCUUUCAACCAUCUCCUCCCUAACUUCUUCUAAUUCAAAAAUAAUUGUUAGGUGAAGUUGCGUUUUUUUUUCUUUUUCUGUCAUUAUUCAGAUAUGGAUCCAUAAAAAGGCUUCGGCUCGUGAAGGAUGUAGAAACUGGAGAAUCGAAGGGCUAUACUUUUGUGGAGGUACAGUCCUUGCCGUGCAGUUCUUGAAAUUUAAGCUCCGAAAAUUUGGACUUAAAUCCAGAAAUAUUCCAGAGUUGAUAUUUUUCAUUCUUCUCAUCAGUUUUUGCUUGACAAUGUAUAGACAUUGUAGGAAGAAAUUAUCAGCUGUCUUUGAUGAGUUAUAGGAGUGAAAGGGUUAAUCCAACACAAGGUCUUUGUCUCUAAGUUUUCAGAUGAAAGCGAAGCAAAGAGAGCCUUGAGAGAGACCAAAGAUAAACCACUUGUGAUUGAUGGAAGAAAGGUGAAGAAAAAAGUAGACUAGAAAAACUCGAAACUUUCUACAACGGGAUUGUAUUAUCAACGGGGAGCACAAAUGCUGUUUCUUCUUUACGUCGCUGUUUCUGUACAUCUGCGUCGCUGUCUACCAAUCUAACCUCUGAAAAAGUUAAUGGCAACCGUUAUCAUUUACGACUCUAUCCUGACUCCGUGAAGUGCACUCAAGUUUCACAGAAAGUUACAUCUUAGUGUACCCUAGCCUUGCAUCCACAAAACAUUUUCUUGAUUGUUUUUCGCUCAUCAUGUUCGUUCGUCAUGUUUUGGAGUCGCAAAAUUUUGAGAGUGAUAUAUAAAACUGAGGUACAAGCAUUAGCCAAAGUUAUGGAUUAGAAGACGAGAAUUGAGCGCCAAAGAAAUACUCACACUUUGGAACAGCUUUAAAAUUCUCAUUCUGUUGGUCGGUUGGUAAGGUGGUCUUCCUUCUGUAAUUCAUGAUCAGUAAGUCAGUGAGAAGGACAAAGCUCUUUGGACAGUGAAGGACUGAAGCAUAACGAUAAAAUCUCAUGAGAUGCCGUUUAAAUCCUACCAAACAUCGAAUUAAACCACUAAUACGGGAAGAUAGACCACAAAAAAGUAAAGAAAAGAAACGCUCAUUUUUGUUUGUUUUUUUUCAGAUUCUGGUUGAUCGUGUUCGGGCGGGUGUGAUAGAAUCCUGGCUACCACGUAGAUUAGGCGGGGGUCUGGGUCAAAGGCAGAAAGGAACGCAGAGAUUUGCUUGGAAGGUAACACCUUCAUAGUCGUCCAAUUCUAUUCUGUUAUAUUGAAGUGACAAACGAAUUGUUAUCAAUGUGAUGCUGUGACCACCUUCCUGUUUUUUCAGAUAAUGCACGUGCACAUGUUGCAAAGGAGUAUGUUUCUCAGCCAACGUUUGCAAAAUAACAGUCACAACUUCAUUAAUUUUUAACAUAAUUCCAAGCUUGUUUUUCCUUCUAACAGCUCGCUUACUUUGGUGAUCCUUCUCGAAUUGAUCAUGAUGAAAUUUACAGGAGGCAACAGUUAUGGAUGGAACACAACAGGUUGGCUGAUUUUUACUUACCACAGUAGGCUUAUUCCGAUUCAAGUUUGAUGAAACAUGAAUGUGACGCGUGCUUCAUAUGAAAGGACUACAUUAUGAUGUAAUUUUUGACUCAGCUUCAUUGACAUUUUCCUUUUUUAGCAAUUCUCAAUAUUGUCUCAAAACUAAUCCAUUAUUGCAUCGUAAUUUGGUAUUAUGAACUGAGUUGAUAACGUA